CUCCUUCCCGCUCUGCAUCCCGCCCAGCGGCGCAGGGGGCCGGGCUCCGGCGAGAGGGGUGGGGGCCGCGCCGGUGACAGCCGCUCCCCUCCCCUGCUGCCCGCCACGUCCCUCACGUACCACUCGGCAGAGGCGCGGGGAAACGUGGCGCCCGGGCUCUGGCUUCUCUAGCGGGGCUCGGCAUGAGGCUGGCGCGGCUGCUUCGCGGAGCUGCCUUGGCCGUCCCGGGCCCGGGGCUGCGCGCCGCCGGCCCCAGCCGCUCCUUCAGCUCGGACUCGGGCUCCGGCCCGGCGCCCGAGCGCGGCGUUCCGGGCCAGGUGGACUUCUACGCGCGCUUCUCACCGUCCCCGCUCUCCAUGAAGCAGUUCCUGGACUUCGGAUCAGUGAAUGCUUGUGAAAAGACCUCAUUUAUGUUUCUUCGGCAAGAGUUGCCUGUCAGACUGGCAAAUAUAAUGAAAGAAAUAAGUCUCCUUCCAGAUAAUCUUCUCAGAACACCAUCCGUUCAAUUGGUACAAAGCUGGUAUAUCCAGAGUCUUCAGGAGCUUCUUGAUUUUAAGGACAAAAGUGCUGAGGAUGCUAAAGCUAUUUAUGACUUUACAGAUACUGUGAUACGGAUCAGAAACCGACACAAUGAUGUCAUUCCCACAAUGGCCCAGGGUGUGAUUGAAUACAAGGAGAGCUUUGGGGUGGAUCCUGUCACCAGCCAGAAUGUUCAGUACUUUUUGGAUCGAUUCUACAUGAGUCGCAUUUCAAUUAGAAUGUUACUCAAUCAGCACUCUUUAUUGUUUGGGGGAAAAGGCAAAGGAAGUCCGUCUCAUCGAAAACACAUUGGAAGCAUAAAUCCAAACUGCAAUGUAGUUGAAGUUAUUAAAGAUGGCUAUGAAAAUGCUAGGCGUCUGUGUGAUUUGUAUUAUAUUAACUCUCCCGAACUAGAACUUGGAGAACUAAAUGCAAAAUCACCAGGACAGCCAAUACAAGUGGUUUAUGUACCAUCCCAUCUCUAUCACAUGGUGUUUGAACUUUUCAAGAAUGCAAUGAGAGCCACUAUGGAACACCAUGCCAACAGAGGUGUUUACCCUCCUAUUCAAGUUCAUGUCACGUUGGGUAAUGAGGAUUUGACUGUGAAGAUGAGUGACCGAGGAGGUGGUGUUCCUCUGAGGAAAAUUGACAGACUCUUCAACUACAUGUAUUCAACUGCACCGAGACCUCGUGUUGAGACUUCCCGCGCGGUGCCCCUGGCUGGUUUUGGUUAUGGAUUGCCCAUAUCACGUCUUUACGCACAAUACUUCCAAGGAGACCUGAAGUUGUAUUCCCUAGAGGGUUACGGGACAGAUGCAGUUAUCUACAUUAAGGCUUUGUCAACAGACUCAAUAGAAAGACUCCCAGUGUAUAACAAAGCUGCCUGGAAGCAUUACAACACCAACCACGAGGCUGAUGACUGGUGCGUCCCCAGCAGAGAACCCAAAGACAUGACGACGUUCCGCAGUGCCUAGACACACUUGGGACAUCUGGAAAAUCCAAAUGUGGCUUUUGUAUUAAAUUUGGAAGGUAUGGUGUUCAGAACUAUAUUAUACCAAAUACUUCAUUUGUCGUUUUCACAAAACUAUUUGAGUAGAAUAAAUGGAAACUGAAUUCCAUUUGUGCCCAUUAAACCUCCUAAAGGAUGAAAUCACACCUAUUUUACACUUAUAUUUCACAGUAAUUGAACAUAUUUUUAAACAACUGUAGUUUUGGUCAACUUUUUGCUUUGUGGUAGACUUCAGAAGUGUGGAAAUCUUUGGGUUUCUAUAGGAAACUAGUUUUUUUUUUAAAAAAAAUACUUUGUUUGCUAGAAAUAUUUUCUAAAUAAUAGUGAUUAGCUGGUUAGCCAUCUUCCUGUUAUUUGGAGGAGUUCUGCCAUCUUUAUUCGGUAGUAAUAUGGUCUUCAUGUUUAUCAGUGACUGACUACAAGUAAAGCAGAAAACAGUUGCCCUGUAAUCACAGAACCAGCCACCAUUCAGCGUCUAUGUGCAUUGUCUUAGCUAUGAGGUUAAUUCAUCAUUUUUAAAUUUUAUUGUAAAGAAGUGUAAUGACUAUCUCUCUGUGGAUCUAUGCCAAAAUCAUGGGCCGUCUGUUCUAAGUGUACUUGUGAUUAAUGCAAGGAGAAAUUUUUAUACUGAAAACAAACAUACUAGCAGCUACUAAAAUAGAGAAGAAAUUGAGGGCAAAGUAAUAUGUCUCCAAAACUGAACUGAUUGCUUGUUGAGAUUACCUAGAAAGCUUUUGGAAAAAAAUGGGAGUUUUUCUGCAUCCUACUCCAGAUGUACUGAAUCAGAAUCCCUAGGACUAGAGCCUAGAAAUCUCACUUUUAAAAAUGCUUCCUAGGUGAGUCUGAUGCCUACCCUAGGUUGGGAACCACUCUUUCAAAGUAAGUAGUGAUGACACAGCAUUUACUAAAGUAACAGAUCUGUAGGUUUUGGUUUCCACCUAUUUAAAGCCAGAUUUAUAGACUCGAGAAGACAGAAACUGAAUCCCACACCUGGUGCAAUUAGAAGCAUAAUUAGAAGCAGAAGGACAAAAUGCCAGGUAACCAAAGCAUCAGAGCCAUCAUUGCUCAAGUCUUUUUUCUUUCUCUUUUUCUUUUUUUUUUCUUUUCUUUUUUUUUUUUUUUUUUUUUGAGACAGGGUCUCGCUCUUUUGCCCAGGAUGGAGUGCAGUGGCAUGAUCAAGGCUCACUGCAGCCUCAAUCUUCUGGGCUCAAGUAAUCCUUCUACCUCAGCCUCCUAUAUAGCUGGAACUACAGUUGUGCAUUACCACACCCAGCUAAUUUUUUUUAUUUCUUGUAGAGAUGAGAUCUCGGUAUGUUCCCAGGCUAGUGUUGAACUCCUGAGCUCAAGAAAUCCUCCUGCCUGAGUCUGAAAGUGCUGGGAUUACAGGCGUGAACCACUACACGUGGCCUAUUGCACAAGUCUUGACAAACAACAUAUAUUUUCUAAAACUAUCCAAAUUUCGUUAUCAGGGAGAAGUUUGCUUAGGUUUAUUAGAGCAGUCCUUUGCAUUCGUAUGGUAAUUUGUACUUUACAAACACUUUGAUACAUUAUAACUCUAUUGGUCUUUGAAACAAAGCGAUGCAGUGUAGGUGGUAUCAUUGUCUUUCUCACUCAGUGUAGCCCAGAGUUGCUCAGAGUCGGAGCAGACCCUGAGGUGUAUCUGCAGAUCCUGUCAUCAGCUGGCAAGUCCAGGAGACUGUGUCAUUUAGAGACUUGUUGUUAGUUACCCCUCAACAUCUUUUAAGGUGGCAGGAAAAUACAGUGGACAUAACAUUUUAAAGUAAAAAUUUUAAAGUUUAAAGAAGAGUUUUGCCACUUAAACGGGAGAGCUUUGUCUGGAAAAUCCAUUGAGUUGAAACACUUCAUCCUUGGAAGGAUUAUGUAAGAUGAACAAUUGUGAUAAAUGUGUGGAUUAGAGGCAGUUAGUGAAUAGGCAGUUAGUCCAGUGCCCUCAUUUAAGAGGCCAAGAUCCUGAUUCAGAGUAGGCAUCCUUUGCCCAGAAUUUCUUAGCUAAUCUGACCAAAUGUUGGGGAAAAUGUCUCACCUAACCCACUAUUCCUUAAUUAUGGAUUUUGUGAAAUACAAUAGAACAUGUUAAUGAGUAAUUUAUAUUAGUUUGAUGUAUUACAAUUUUUUAGCUUUAAAUUACACUUUUCUUAUAAUGAUGAAAUGUUUUAGAAUCCUUUGAAUCUAAGUAUUUGUUUCCUAAAUGAAACAUUUGUACAACAUUUGAUGUUUUUACUUAUGAAAUAUUCUCCUCCCUCAAGAAAAUUAGAACUUUUUCUCUCUAUUUAAAAGCUAAGAAAUGUUUUAAAGGAAAAAUGAAAUUUUUUCCUUUAGCUUAUUUCUUAAGGUAAAACAUCUUUUUACUCUGUUAUUGUGGUAAUGGACAGAAAAUUACAUACAAAAAUAUUCUGGGAGAGCUUUCUCCUAGUUGGUUUUAAAUCCUUGUGCUACCUGAAAGGUUUUUAGAUUUUACAGGAGCUAUUUUGUCCACCAGCAUUAAUGUAACACAGUGUAGUUAUGAAAAUAUAUUGAAGGACAAGAAGUGGACACGAAGUGAUUUUUGUAACCUGAGCAGUUAAUGAAUGUGCCAACAUUUUCUAGGAAGGGACAGCAAGAAUAUUCUGCUCUGUAGUUAAAAUACUGGCGGGCUUUUGAUGUCUUCAUGCUUAAUUGUGAUCACUUUCUUGCCCUGUGAUGUUUUUACGUGAAUAUGUUGGAGUGGAAGUCUACCUUAUUAUUUUAUAAAAUGUUUUCUGUACGACAAUAAACUGAAAACAUGGAUCAACCCUUAUUUUGAAAAUAAACUGAGUCAAUUUAGCCUUUUAAAAA